AUGAAGAAUGAAGAAUCUUUGUGGAGUAAGCCAGAUCUGAAAAGAAUGAAGAAUCUUGUGGAUUCAUCAUCUGAUACCUAUACUCACGCAGCUUCAAACUUGUAUGCUUCUAGUAAUCUUGAGCAGACCAUUCAACAAAUAGUUGAUAUGGGGGGUGACAACCGGGAUAAGGAAACUGUCACUCGAGCUCUUCGAGCUGCUUACGACAAUCCUGAGCGAGCUGUAGAUUACUUAUAUUCAGGAAUUCCAGAAACAACAGAAGUUGCAGUCCCUGUGCCUCACUUUCCUACAAGUCAGGUUGCCUUGGAAGGGACUGGAAUGGGCACAGUUUCUAAUGCUUCUUCAAUCGGAGCACCCAAUUCAUCUCCACUGAACUUGUUUCCGCAUUGGGUUCUUUGUGAAUUUGGCUUUCAUUUCCAAGCAUUACGCACUAUGGUUCAAUCAAAUCCACAAAUUUUACAGCCCAUGCUUCAACUGUUAAGACUAAUACAAGAGCAUCACACAGAGUUUCUUCAACUGCUUAAUGAGCCUAGCGACGUUUCUGAAGGCGAUAUGCUCGACCAUGCCGAUCAGGAAAUGCCUCAUUCUAUCAGUGUCACACCAGUAGAGCAGGAAGCAAUUGCACGUCUGCUAUGA